CUACAUUAUCCCCAAGUUCUACUGGGAUAUCAUAUCUCGCCGCUGCCUACCUUUCACGUACGGAGGCUGUAAAGGUGGACCCAAUCGCUUCUCCACUGAAUCUGAAUGUGAAGAAGUUUGUGGUUUUAAUAAUCCCAAUGCCAAUGAAGUGGCGCCAGAUGAUGUAGACGAUUGUUCCGAGUACGUGGAGGAGUGCGCAACGAUCGCGUGCGAGAACGGCGUCCAGCGCACGCGCACCCUGGGCGGCUGUGAGCAGUGCAGCUGUGUGGAGGUGGACCAGGACUGCAGCACGUACCAGGAGGAGUGCGCGGCGCUGCACUGCGAGUACAGCGUGCAGCGGACACGCACGCCGAGCGGCUGCGAACGCUGCACCUGCGUGCAAGUAGAAGUAGACUGCGCGACGCUACAGAAAUAGUGUGACACUACCAAGUGCCAGUACGGCAUCUCCAAGUACGUCAGCGAUGACGGCUGCACCAGGUGUACCUGCUUGAAGCACCCUUGCGCUAACAAGAACUGUGCACCCGGGGAACGUUGUGUAGCCACAAGGUACAAGGUAUCGGUGACAGAUGAGAUGCAGUACACGGCUGACUGUAGAACCGUGAACAAGCCAGGCGAAUGUCCACCCCUGAAUCUACUGCGAGCUUUAACGGAGAGAAACUGUCGACGCGAGUGCAAUGACGAUGCGGACUGUCUCGGUGUCGGAAAAUGUUGCGUGCGAGGCUGUAGUCAGCUCUGUAUGGAGCCAACACCUGCUACAACAUCAGCACCCACAAACAUUUACAAUCCAGGUGUACCGCAAGCUCCUCAACCUAGUGAGGAAAGAGAACCGGAAGUACGCGCAAGUGAAGGAGGAGUUGCGACCCUCAGAUGUCUAUUCCACGGGAACCCUCCGCCUUUGAUCACCUGGCGACGAAACGAAAUAACGAUCAACGGUGACGUCGGAAGAUAUCGUCUGUUAUCAGAUGGAGCGUUAGAAAUAGUAUCUCUGUAUCGUAACGACUCUGGAGUCUAUAUUUGUAUCGCGAAUAACGAAUUGGGGAGUGCCACGCAGGAAGUAACGUUGCAUGUUGAUGAUCCUGUGGAAGGACCGGCUGGUGUCGCUAACAUACCCAACCAGGAGAUCUUCGGAGACCUUGGCCAACCCCUCAGAAUCCGAUGUCUCGUGUACGGUUACCCAACACCGACUAUCUACUGGUACCGGGGUCUGAACGGGCCUAUGGUGCCCUACAGCAGCUCACUGUAUGAAGCUAGAGACAACGUCUUACUAAUCAGGAAACUGAACGAAGAGACUAUCGGAGAGUAUGCUUGUCACGCAUAUAACGGAAUAGGCUCGUCGGCGAUAUGGCCUUUUGUGGUUCAAGCGAGCCGACCCGACGGAUCUGUGGAGAUACCUAAACAUGUAACCCAACUUGAAGUCCCGGUUACGACCCCACAGAUACAAACCCAGGCAUCUACCACACCAGCACCAGAAAACCAGGUUCCACUCUACGCCGUGCCCGUGACAACCCGUAUCAACGCAGAGCGAACUCAAGUGGUGGCCGGCUCGGAGAUCAGAUUAGCAUGUGACGUAGAUGGCUACCCUGAGCCGCGUGUGCAAUGGACCAAAGACAGGAUGCAGCUCACAGCCACAGACAGGAUACAAAUCACAGAGACACGUUUGACAAUAUUCCGGGCACAGUCGAAUGACAGCGGCGAGUACAGCUGCGAGGCGGCAAACGAAUACACGUCACAUUCAUCUGUCAUCAACGUCACUGUCAAAGGUAUCUACAUACCACCAACGUGUGUGGAUAACCCGUACUUCGCGGAUUGUCACCUCAUCAUCCGCAGCAAUUACUGUCGUCACAAAUAUUAUUCUAAAUUCUGCUGCAAGUCCUGCGUGGAAGCCGGACAGCUGGAAGCUGAAGAAGCGGAGCUGAUGCAGGCCGAUAUGUCAUUUAGAAGGAAGAAGUAACGAGAAAAUAACGGCUUAUUAGGGAGUUCUAACGCCAGUUAAUGUAUUAUAGAUAAAAUUUGAUAUCGAAAUUUACGUAAAUUAAAAAAAUAGAAAUAAAUUUCGUGAAAUAUGAAUUUUAAAACCGUUAUAAGCAUAAUAAUAUAUAUUAGGUUAAGAUUUUACUGUCAAAUAAAUUUGCAUGAAAACAAAUUUUAUUAUUUUAAGUAGGUAAUGAUAUUUUAAUAAAUUUAAAGAUUUCGAAAUAUCCAGAAUGUAAAAUGAAACAAAAGUGCCUUAAUAAUCUAAAAAGUGUGUACAAAUUAAUUAUUAUAAGAAAUUUGUAACAUAACAUAAAUGUAAUACAAACUCUUACGGUGUUAUUACAAACAAAAAUUUAAACAUGGCUUAGACACGUGUUUUGUUAAACAGUGUCUAACUAUUUAAACGACGUCUAAAGACACUAAACCACAUAAAGACACGGAUUCGUAAUAGGGCUUUUUAAAACGCUUUAUAUUAGCUUCACCUGUAUGUUUGUAACCGACUUCUUUGGGCGCGAUUUUGACCCACUUUAAACGGCUAGAUUCAAACUUUGUAGAUUUAUCAAGCACCGAUGACAUUACACUAAUUUGAUAAAAUUAUACUAAAAAAUGAAAAACAAAUAAUAGUUAAAAAAAAACUAAAAAGCACGCUUUAUAUAAAAUUCAACUAAAAAAUAGAAAAUAAAUUUAAAUUGAAAAUAGUGUAAAAAACUAUA